AAAGCAACUGUCGUGGUUGAGGCGUUUCGUUCUUGCACGCAUGUCAUAUGUGACGGUGAAGCGUGUGGAACUUUGGCAGAGAACUGUAGUAGGCCUGCUGAGCUAGGGACAGGAAAUGUGUGGGGCAGCUCUGCCGAGCACAGGAAGUGUCUUUUCGGGAGCAACUGACAGUGCUGCGGAAAAGUGAUCAAACGAUUCCUGCUUGGUGAAGAUGCCCGUUCCUCCACCGCCCCCUCCACCUGCCCCACCUCCCACGUUUGCACUGGCAAACACAGAAAAACCCAGUCUCAGCAGAUGUGAACAGCAAGGGAGAAAUGCACUUCUAUCAGAUAUUACUAAAGGCACUCGGCUGAAGAAGGCUGUUACCAAUGACAGAAGUGCUCCGGUUUUUGACAAGCCCAAAGGUGGUGGUGGUGGUGGAGGAGGAGGAGGAGGAGGAGGAGGAUUUGGAGGGGGACCUGCUGGGGGACUUGGGGGCCUCUUUCAAGGAGGGAUGCCGAAGCUCAGAUCUGCAGGGAGCCGAGACAGCACUGACUCUGGAGGGGACAGACCCUUUGUACUGCCACCUGGAGGCCGGGCAUUAGCUGCCAAACCCUUUGGUGGGAGUUCUGCCGCUCCUUCGCGUGUCUUUGGGGCACCUCCUGUCCCACGAGGCAGUGCGCCAGACCUGCCAAAGCCCCGCGUGACACCCCAAUAUUCUGAUACUGGAGCAGUGCCGCCCCCUGUGCCCAACACCCCUCGUCCUCUUUCGAACCAGGGGAGCUUGCAGAACAGAGGCCCCCCACCUCUUCCUGGAGCAGGCCGGCCCCCAAACUCUUCCCCAGCGCCUCCGCCCCAUGCUCCAGCUGGACGGCAAGGGGGCCCCCCUCCUGUGCCUGGGGGUGGCCCCUUUGGCCGUCAGGCAUCCUUCAGUGCCCCCCCAGUUCCCAGCAGCAGCCGCCCUCCUCUACCUCCAGCUCCUGCCAAACCCUCAGAUGACCGUCCCCCCAUCCCCCCCAUGGGUCACAGGCCGUCCCUCCCUCGAGAUGGACCUCCAGCACCCCCAUCUCUUGCCUAUAAGCCCCCUGCACCUCCUUCAUCCAGACCACCUGCCACUGGUGCUCCACCCUUGCCUCCAGGGCGACCUGGCCCCCCUCCGCUGCCUCCAACACCUGGGGGUGAUGAACACAUUCCAAAAUUGCCCCAGAGGAAUUCUUCCUUAAACUUUCAUGCCCCCACACCACCUCCUGGGCGUUCUGGUCCCCUACCACCCCCUCCCAAUGAAAGACCACCGCCUCCUGGCAGAAACCCACCUGGACGGUCAGGUCCUCUUCCUCCCCCACCACCGCCCUCAGGAAGAGUCGGAGGAAGCGUGAGAGGAUCUCCGGCCCCACCUCCACCAAAUAGAUCAGGAUCAGACCCUCCUCGGAGAGGAUCCAGGCCGGUUCCUCCACCAGACAGAAUGGGACCUGGGGGUCCCCCACUUCCACCACCCCCCAUUGGAAAUGGGUACCAUGACUCCUAUCAUCAGUCAGCAGAUGAGUGGGAAGCUCGAUUCACGUUCCACCCUGUGUCGGACUUCCCUUUACCGGAGCCUUAUGUUCCUUCAGUGAAGACGUACCCUAGCAAGCUGAUCAAGGGCGAGAACAGAGGCUCAGGAAAAAGGGACAGGGGUGCCCCUCCUUUGCCCCCCAUUCCCAGGUGAAGGGAAUGCUCUUGUUGGACCAUGCCCCUCUUUAUCCGCGUUAUCCUGGCCAGCCACACCCCUUGUCAUUUUCCUACACUACAGGAGACAUUUACCAUGUUUCCUGUUGUCUAUUACAGUGAGUCUCUCUUUGACAUGGACAGCACUAAGCACUUGGCCUAACCCACACGUUUGGCUGUGGAUUGGCUUAUGUUUGGCUGUUGUGGAGUUCUGGAAUUAAUAUCUACUAUUUGUUUUUUGCUUAAGUGACAACCUCAUGAACCAAAGUGCCUGCAAAGACCUACAUAUUGGUAUUUACAAAUCCACCAUACUUGUAAUCAGGAUGUUCUUCUACCAUUUAUGUCAGGACUGCUUUCUAAGUGAAGACGUUUAUUUUUAUUACAUUUAUGGCAUUCCUUGAACAUUAAUGGAAACCAAAAGAGCAAUAAUUAGCAUUGUUGAUUAUUGCAUUAAAUGUGUUUGUAUACUGCCAAAGCAACACGUGGGGUCCAUAAUAUUUAUUUCUGGUUUGUUCAAAUCUAUGAAGUGGUUUCAUCUUCUUAGUGCCUCUGUUUAAACAUACAAAGUGAAAAUUUAAUUCCAGUCUGGUGCCUUUAUUUUUGAUAAACAUUUUAAGUCUCCCUGGUGGAGAAAGUCCAGGUCAAAAAACUCAAGUAUAUUUGUCUCUAUGCAUAAUGUAGGGUCUGUGAGAGCCUAAGCAGAAUAUAGUAGAAUUUUUAUUUUGUAGAAGGACACUUAUGAUGAAGUUCAAAUGAGAAAAAGUGUCAUUGCUUAGUUGGAUAGUUGGAACCUGUUUUUUAAUCAUCUUAAUGGUUUUUUUUUU